AUGAGCGGCAGCGCGACGGGUCGGGUGCCGACCGCCCCUGCUGCAUCAGCAGGAAGCCCACAACCGGCCACCGCCGGCACCGCCAGCGCCGGCCCCGCCCUCAAGAAGCACGCGCGCGUCGUCGAUACCGUCGCCGUUCCUCCCGACUUCACGCCGCGCCGCCUGCCGGCCGCGCUGCGGCAGCUGCUGCCCGGGCGGUACGCGUCCGACACCGCCGCGAAAAAGGCGGCGCGGCGCGGCGAGGCGUAUGUCAACGGCGGGAAGGGCACCACGGAGACCGAGGUUGCGCCAGGCGCGAUCAUCGAGAUUGUGCAGCGCUGCGGCGCCGAGGCUGUUGCAGCCGCGGGCCGGCCGGGGCUGGUCGUGGUUUACGAGGAUGAUGACAUGGCAUGUGUUGUGAAGCCCCAGGGCCUGCCCACGCAGGGCAAGGGGGACGGCAGCUUGCAAGGGCGCAUCAAGUGGCUGCCGCGCCACCCUGCAGGACCCCGCCUUGGCCCGCGCACGCCUCAGAUCCACGCCCUCGACCCGAUCACAUUCCCUUCGGCCCACCGCCUUGACGCGCCCACCGGCGGCCUGGUGCUGGUCGGCAAGACGCGGCGCGCCCUGGCUGCCCUGGGGGAAGACCUGCGGGCCCACAGAAUGCAGAAGCGGUACGUCGCUCUCGUGACCGGCCGGGUCGAGGGGGAGGGCCUGAUCGACUUCCCCCUGGACGGCCGCGCCGCGGUGACGCUGUACCGCGCGGCAGCGGCGUCGCGGGUCACGCCACCUGCGGCCGGGGGCGGCGGCGACGGCGAGGCGGCGGCUGGCGGUGGCGGCGGGUGGGUCACGCGCGUGCACCUGUGGCCCAAGACCGGCCGCACGCACCAGCUGCGCAAGCACAUGGCGUACCUCGGCCACCCCCUACUGGGGGAGAGGCAGUACCAGCACCGCCGAAAAGAGGGCAUCGCCUUCACGCCCUGCGACAUGGAGCCGCUGCUCGGCGGCAUGGCUGCGGGCGACGACGUUAACGGCGGCGGCGGCGGCGGCGGCGGCGGCGCGGGCCCGGCGGCUGGAUCUGUGGAGGCGACUGCGGCAUCGGAGGGGCCCACAGACAGCGGCGGCGCGGGGCCGGCGGGCAAGAAGCGCGCGCGGCACGAGGCGGGCGGCGGCGGCGGGCGGGGUGCUGACGAUUGCGGCGGCUCAUGUUGGCCGGCGGGCGAGGGAAGCAGAGUUGUAGCGCAGCAGCCGGGUGGCGGCGUGAAGGUGGCGGCUGACGGGCUGCUCGAGUCAUUGUAUACAAAGGGCGGGCCAGGCGCAGAGGCGGAGGCAGACGCGGACGCGAGCGACGGAGAGGACGGCGGCGGCGGCGGCGGCGGCGGCGAUGGCGGUGGCGGGCAGCCCCUGUGCCUUUGGGCGGUGGAGCUGCAGCUGUCCCACCCCGUGACACGCCGCCCGCUGCGGUUUGGUAUCCCAGAGCCGCCCGAAUAUGAUGCCCUGUGCCCGGCGCCCCCGACGGCGGCCCCCACGGGCGAGGAGGGCGCGGGGUGCGGCGCAGGAUGA